AUGAGCAGCGGUGCCGACGGAACCUUCUGUGAGGUGUAUAAGCUUGCUAACAACUCUCUCAAUGGUUACCCUGGCGGAGAGUCUACUAUGGCGAAUGAUGAUCCCUUUAUUGGCCUCAUUCCUAUGAUAGACUCGGUCAAGGACAUCGUCGAGGAGGUGAACCCUAAUGGCAAUGGAGAGCUCAUGCCCGGCGUCGAGAACAUCCUACAACAGACCCGCACACUGGACCGCGCUGUCGCUGAUCUUACUGGUUCGUUGGAGAACAUGCUCGCAACUUUGGGGAAACCGGAGAACAUUCGCGUCGGCGAAUACACCUGCGUCUUCUGUGAUGCAUGCUGCGGGGGGCCGAACCCUCUAGUCGCACAAGUCCUGGAUGAGCUCAAGGGAAGUGCCGCCGGAGCACUCAACGAAGCCCGAGAUAGGGUUCGACAAGAGCUCUACGGUCAGAAUCUCGCCACCCUUUAUGAGGAGGCUUCGUCGGCUAUACAGCCACUUGACGAAUUCCGUGACGUGUUUGAGGAUAAUAUCGGUGACGCACUCAUCAACAACGAGCAGGACAUACGCGAU